UCGGUGCCUGCCACAGUCCAACAGCGUCACUGGGCGCGUUCGGCGGACGUUCGGUUUGAUGCUCGCAGGGUGUACACCAACCCCCUUCCCCACGGGCUGCUCAUCUCACCCUUUGUGCCGUGCUCGCGGUUCCCGCGGAACCUUCGCGAGAGGGAAUCGGCAAACUCUGGAGAGCUUGCCGACGGUACCCUGGGCAGCGUCCAGAUGUGGACCUGUUCGGGAACGGUCGCGGUGUAUAUAAAACUCGAUUCCCGCCCGCCGUUAGGUAACAGUCCAUUGUGUAACGUUGCCGGGAUCGGGAACUAAGCCAGCAAAAACCAUCCAGCAGUGUAAAACCAUUUUUGUUUUUCGGGAAGAGUGCGUAUACGUGUUGUUGGGAGUGCGUGUACACUUGAACGAUAAAGUGAGAACGAUCGUAAGAAAAAAAAAGCAGUGAACUAUAGUGCUGUAUACAUUGUGUGUUGAAAACGAAGGAAAGGGGAGUGCUAAUUGACCAAAACACAUCGUUCGAGGCUAACAUUACCCAUCGACGAUCACCACCACAAAACCACGUGGAGAAAGUUCUUCGACCGUGAGCGGUUUUUGGUGUGGCGGUCAGUUCGCACCAUAUUAAAACGUAGUGGUAUUUAAAGUAAAUACGCUUACAACGAACCAUUGAACUCUCCAUCUUGGCUCUAGGCCGCGCUUGAUGCCAGAGGUCGUACAGACCGGACAUUGAACGCAGCAGAAGAAAGUUGUCGGUUGUUUACUUCCGCCGAUGUUUGGUUGUUGCGCUGCUGUAUCUGUGACGCGGGUGAAAUAAAUAUAUUGUUUGGGCGUGAAUCUUCGACGAAGCAGCAAUGAUCUCCCCACAUUCGAUUGCAAUACUGGUAUUCGUCAUCAUCGCUGCGGUAACGCCUGCUAGUAACGCUUUACCCAAGCAGCGUUACUCACGUGAUGGCGGUGAACCGCGCAGUUUGGUUGGUGUCUCGACUAACAUCAUCACGAGCAGUUUGUUGAAGGGAGCGGCCGAAACGUCCGGUAACCAUGUGUUUUCGCCGAUCGGUUUCUCCUCGAUACUGGCGAUGAUCAGCGAAGGAGCGGAAGGACAAACGCUUAAGGAGCUGUACGACAUCUUCAAGUUUCCCACGGAUCGAGAUUUAGUACGAAAAGCGUUUGAUGUGUCGCUGAAACGUUUAAGUGGACAAAACCCAACGAACGAACCGCAAUUCAAAACCUGGUUCUAUAUCUACAAAAACAACAGCGUAGUGCAAGCGUACAAGGACGUGUUGGAGCAGAGCUACGGUGUAGAGGUGCGUGACAUCGAGCGGAAUGAUUAUAAUUUCGACGAGCCGAAAACUUCACUCGACCCGGUUGUGGUCGAGGAAGAGAUCGCCGAAGAGAGUAACAACCCCGAAGGUGAUAACCUAGUUGUGGAGCAGAAUGGUAAUAACAAUAGCAAGGACAUUGUGGAUUUUGAAGUGCUCAAGAUUAAAUCGGCACUGCCGGUGGAAGAUGAGGUACGGACGGAUACAGGCAUUAGCACGAAGUACGACGAGAUUGAGGAUGAGAAUCCAAAGUUUGAUAAGAACAUCGACGACAAAGAGUACGUGGAUCCGACCAAAAUCAAGGAAGAGCUGGCCAAAAAGAAGCUGGAAACGAUGAACGAAGUUGCGGCUGAUGCGGAGACAGAUGAGGGAAAGAUCAAAAAGAACUCCGCUGAUGAAGAUCAUCAAGUUGAUGGCGAGCCGGAAAAAAUGGCUCUACCGCUGAGGACGUUAAGCUUGGACGAUGAACAAGAGGUAAUGCAGGCAGUGGAAAGCCAAGGCUCGAGGAGAAAGUUUAACGUUAGACGUUCGUUUCUGACGGGAGACAUCGCAUCAGCGUUGAGUGGAAAUUCAUUGGUCGGACGAAAGGCUAAUAUCAAGGCGGAUGAAGAUCAGGUUAACGAAUCCAAGAUGCUGCUAUUUAAUGGUCUCUACUAUAGAGGAAGCUGGGCUACGCCGUUCCAGCAACUUCGCACGGAGGAAAGCACAUUCUUUACCAACACGGAUGAAAGACCAGUCAUGAUGAUGCGAUCGCAAGGAACGUUUGGUAUUGGAAAAGACGACCAGCUGGAUGCUAAGUUCUUGGAGCUACCGUAUAACAACUCCCGCUAUUCCCUCCUGCUGAUGGUGCCAAACAAAAAGGACGGACUGAAGGAUCUUAUCAAGAACUUCAACCCCGAUACACUCAGCACCGCACAGAAGUCUUUGAUAAAAAUGCCAGUACACAUAUGCAUUCCAAAGUUCCGCAUCGAUACGACAAGCCGGGCAGAGAAACCGUUGGCAAAGCUUGGGCUAAUCACCAUGUUUACCUCAAAGGCGGACCUUAGCGGCAUUACCACCGAGCAGAAGAUCCACGUCGACGAGCUGGUGCAGCAUGUUUCGAUCCGCGUUGACGAAGGUUCCAGUAGCGAGAACGCACUGUCGGCCGUGAACCUUGUCGAGUCGAAAACGCUUGAAGACGAUCACGAACAAUUUACCGCCGACAAGCCGUUCCUGUUCUUCGUGCGCGACAUCGUCGACGAUAUCGUGAUCGUUGCUGGCAAGAUCACGGACAUACCGUACGCCGAUAUCUUCGAAUCGCACGAUCGCUACCUAACGGCUGUUAAGUGCGACAAAAAAAUUUUGUACCCAAUUUCCGGUGUUAAGAUGGAUUUUUCAACUUUUGGAGCAAACUUUGCCUUCCGGGCACCCGCCAAUCCGUUCUGCUGCGUUUUGUUGCUCUGUGCUUGCUUAACCCAGUCACAAAAUGUAGAAACGGUAGCACAGAAUCCAAACUUUUUCUUCAACUAUCCCGAGGAAUACAACCCUCCAGUACAAACCGCAACACGGCCAAAUCUGCCACAGUUGCGCGUUAAGGAAAAUCUGCAACAGCAACAACGGCAACAACAACCACAACAACAAGAACAAAAUCCGGGCAUAUACUUCCCAGCGGAGUACAAUGGAUACAAUCGGCAAAUGGCGCAACCACAGCAACAAACAUCCGGAGCGAUGAAGUUUGCCUGGCGUAUGAUGAAGACCGUAGUUUUACCCCAGCAAGACAACACUGUUAUCUGUCCGAUCCUGCCUCAAACACUCCUGGCCAGCCUGUACGAUGCGGCUGACGAUGGUGCCCAGAAAGAACUACGCUCCUCAUUACACGAAUCCUCACAGGAACUCGGCGAAUUGGUACGCAACCAAAUCAGUGCCACGCAACAGUCGGGCGUGAACAAACUCGAUCAUGCCAUGGCGAUCUUCUUGGGAUACAAUACAAAGAUUGACAAGAAUAUCAUGGAGAACGCACUGCAGGAUGGGGUAGAGUUUCUGCAAAUUAACUUCCUGAACCGAAAUGCUGCGGCUGCGAGUGCCAAUAAUUGGGUUGCUCAAAAGUCCCGCGGAACGAUACGAGAAAUUGUUACACCCAAUGCGCUGGAUGCCUCUACCCGGAUGAUGAUGGCAAGCGUUAUUUACUUUAAGGGAAAAUGGAAGCACCAGUUCACUAAAACCGAACCGGGAUUCUUUGAGACGUCGCCAAGCUAUGACAAAACGAGAACUCCCAUCGGGGUCCAGGUAUCGAUGAUGUACAUGUAUAACAGGCUGCGGUAUGGUGAGAAGGAGUUCCAAGAUGGCAAUGGUGUGCGCUGGGUUGAGUUACCGUACGAAGGAUCCACUGGGCUGUCGAUGAUUCUGAUGCUGCCCAAGGAACGCCACCAGUUGCAACGUUCUGCCGAGCAGCUGAGCGUUGCGGAUAUGGCCACAAUUAUUACGAGCCUGAAGCAAUCGCGUGGCUCCAGCAAGAUGCAUCUUUACGUGCCCAAGUUCGAGCUGUUUAGCUCACUGUCACUGGUACCGGCACUGAAGCAGAUGGGACUGAAAUCGAUCUUCGAUCGACCGUCUGCACUUAACGGUCUAUCUGAUGAGCCGCUGGUCUUACGUGAUGUUUCCCAACGAACGUUCAUCGCUAUCGACGAGCAGGGAACCACGGCAACUUCGGCAGCUUCCCUGUCGUUCGUAGCACUUAGUGCGGCUCCACCACCACCGACCAUUAACUUUACCGUAGACGAACCCUUCCUUUUGAUGAUCGUCGACAAAACGAAUGAAUAUCCCUUGUUUGUGGGAAAGAUAACAAAACCGGAAUCGAACUAAGUUCGGGAUGUAUUUUUUCCCCCGGUUCCGUACGUAACAUACGUACGUAAUUACCUCUUUUAACGUUAAGUCUUUGCUCUAAAGACAAAUAAAAUAAACUAUUAUUUAAAAAAAACAACAA